ACAGGAACGGAUGUGUUCACUCUUUAGUUCCUACCGGAAGCGUAGAAGCUUACAGUAGCGUCUGAUUUAAAAAGUUGUAUUCGCCUUCGAAGCUACUUGACACGCUCCUGCUGAAUUACUUUUAAACAAAUAAAUGUGCUUCCAUUGAUUCAGUGUAGCUUUGGAUGACGAAAGCCCUCCAAAUUCGAAGGUUUUGAAGGUUUUAUUUUCUUACAUUGUGGUGUUGGCAGUGGUGCAUUUCUCAUAAUUUUUUUAUUUCCCCCGUUUUUGAAAGAGCUUUAACAAGUACAGAACGAUUUCAUGUUAAUACACAAUAACACUGCGCAUGUGAGAAUCACUGUCAGUCGAUUUGUAGUCACAGAAGGUGGACAUGGCUCAGGAUUUCCUCCCGGGCAUGGAGAGCUCGGCUAUCUCUGUCUUAAAGAGAGCCGUGGAGCUCGACCACAGCUCACGCUUUCAGGAGGCUCUGGUGUGCUACCAGGAGGGGAUACAGCUUCUGCUGGAUGUGCUCAAAGCUGUAAAAGAUGAUUCAAAGAAGGGCCACUACAGAGAGAAGAUCAAGGGCUACAUGGACCGAGCAGAACAGAUCAAAGAGCAUGUGAACAAACUGAAAGAAGAGGGUAAAUACCAUGAGCAGAUAAAGAUAGCAGACAGUUCCACUGGUUUCAGCUAUGAAUCCCUCUUCAAACCCUACAUCAGAGACGGACUGACUGAAGUCUGGGUGGAGGACCCUUAUGUACGGCAUGUCCAUCAGUUGUAUAAUUUCCUUCGUUUCUGUGAAAUGCUGCUGAAAUGCCCGUGUAAAGUAAAGACGAUUCACCUUCUGACCUCGCAGGAUGAGGACAGCUCUCAGCAAACCAGUGCCCUUGCAGAAAUAAAGCAGUCGCUACAGAGUCAAAAUGUCUUUCUGGACAUUCAGUACUCGUCUACUAUUCAUGACCGGGAGAUCAGGUUUAAUAAUGGUUGGAUUAUUAAGAUUGGCAGGGGACUCGAUUAUUUCAAAAAACCCAAGGGUCGCUUCUCUGUCGGAUACUGUGAUUACGAUUUGAGAGCGUGUCAUGAGACUACUGUGGACGUGUUUCAUACAAAACACACUAAGAAGGCAUAAUCUUGCUUCAAAAGCACUGUCCUGGCAUAUCUAUGGGGCCUAAUUUUAAAUGCAAUCCUCGCAUACCAACUGGAAAUGUGCCUUUUGAUCCCAUUUACAACUUUUAAAUGAUGCAGAGUAACUGAUUUUAUUGCUUUUAUUUUAAAAUGUUCUGAUAUGAUUUACAAAGUAAUAUUCAGAGGUCUUCUCUAUAACAUUACUUCUAUUCAGCUGUUUUUAAACUAUUUGAGCACUAGAAGGCUGUAUGAUAAGGUGAUUGAUACUGAUAUGUAUUAUUAUAUGUUUGCUUCACCCGAAGUGCAUUUGUAAAUAAGGUAGUAGUCUGUAAAAUAUUAAAACGUUUUUGUAAA